GCCAUCUCGGGAUUAACUUUUGAGCAGGUUUCAACAACUCGAAACGAUGGGGAUUAAACCACCGGCAUUGGCCCUGUCUCAAUCUGCUCUCAGACGGCACGUACUCUUCAUUCGGACUCCGGCGCCAUCGUACAUAAACAGAAAGAAGGAAAGAACCAAUUGACCCUCAGACACAAGUCUGGGGAAAGAUACAACUUGGAUACAUGUCAAGGGAAAGAUGCGUAAUUGAAGGGCACUUUCUUCGUCUCGUUCGCUUGCGACUCCACACACACUCCUCUCGAUCCCAAUCCUCAAGAUUCACUUGAAUGCGUAUCUGAUCAGGAUGCGGAUCUCUCAUUUUACUCUUCUUGUCUUCUCCUCUUUACUCCACUCAUCACUCUCAGGCACCUUCAAUGGGGAGACUUCCUAUCAAGCGGCAAACGCCUUUCAAGAAGUAUGCAAUCAGCGACGCACUAGUGAGAUUACCUACCAAGCGACAAAAGCUAUCCAAGAGGCUCCGGAUCGAAAUAAUGCUGUUCCCAAGUUAGACCAUUCAGAUGAUCUAGAGGCGCUGGCAAAGCAGAGAUUGGACGACUUCUUUAGUGACACUAUCUCGGAUCCAUCUUUGCUAAAAAAACUCAAGGACGCGUUUUCCAAUCCUAAAUACCCAAUAGAAAAAUCACAAUUUGUCGACAUAGAGAAUCAUCAAGCUGUCAGCUGGAUAGUAAAACUCUUCGAGCUUCGACUUAUUCAACUCCGGAUAAUGUCGCCUGAGCAGCAAGAGGAGAUUGGACAACAACUCUACACGGUUCGCAAAGGCAUGCCUGACUCAUUCUAUGAUUCGGCCGAGAAAAUCCGGAUCAUCAUUGAAAGAACGAUACCUCAAGGUCAUCGCCCGCAUGAAAUGAAGGAGAUUGCUCGGAUCACUGAAGCAUUUCGCGGCAUAUUCGGUCGCCACUUCAUGGAAGCUUUCAAAGUCGGGGAUCCGUUUAUGCUUGUACUACGACACGAAGCCGCUCAUGUUCCGCGUUAUUACGUGUCCGCUGGGAUGCAAGAAAUUCACCAGCGAAUUGAGAUCCUUCGGGGAUUUGAACAAAGGCGCAUACGGGAGAACGAAAGAAGGGCGAAAGAAGCAGCCCGAGUCACGAGCCAAUCAACCCGAACCACGACUCCGGCUCGUGCCAAUCAGGUCUCGAGAGCUUCGGAUUCCAGUUGCUGUGAUUGUCUUGGGUCGUGGUGUUGUGGGCCUUCGACACAGCCUCGUGCGCCUACACCAAACAUAGACAUAGUUUACUGCGUUGACUGUGGUACGCCAGAUCCAUCUGCUGCAUCGGAAUUUUGA